UGACUGCAUUUAUAGUUGGCUUAUAAAAGCCACACGGCUAAAGACUUGCGCUGUUAAAUAAUCUAUGAAGGCCGUCAGGAGUUGUUAUUAAGCUAAAGUCAGCGUCAGUGAAAGUGCCGUGAUAUUAAGACGCAUAACGGUUGCACGAAAUUCGAGAGAAAAAUUGCUGACUGACAAAAAAAAAACACGAAACAUGCAGCGUGGCGUGCUCAAUGUAAACAGCUUCACAUGGAAUACACAAACAACGAAAACGCUCAUAUGCAUGCUCUUAAUUUGCUACACCACAACACAAACAACGAAUGCCCAUCCCGUCUCAAUAGCCGAGAUAAGUGGAAAAACUGGAAAAAAUAUUGCCACCACAUCGUCGGCCGCAACAUUGCUGAUCAAGCCGAGUCCACAAGAUGCCCAAUUGAAUUCGCUCAAUGCCUAUGCGACCAAUUAUGGACACUUUGCGACGCAGUUCGCCAACAAUGCAGCGCCGGGCGGCAAUACUAACGCGAACACAGACAGCAGCAGCAGCGGCAGCACGAACAGUCAACUGAAUACCAAUCAUUUUAAGGCAUCUUUCAAAUUGCCAGAUAUCGAGAAUAAUUUUACACCCUUACAAACCUAUAAUAACGGCAAUAAUAUGCCGCAUGCUGCACCUUUAACCACAAUUGCUGCCACACCGAAUGCCAACACCAAUAACAAUCUACCACAAGCCACACCCGUUCUAAUGCAAUAUCUGCCACAUGCAUUGCCGGAAACUGGUGUACAUUAUCUGCAAUUGAUACCGACACGUCCGCUUAUUCUGCCCAUUAGUCCGUCGUAUUUAAAUGGCAAUGCACCAUCGGCUGUAGCACAAAAUGCCGUCAAUGCUGCAGCACAUGCUCUACAUCCACCAUUGGCGGCCGCCAUCAAUGCUGCACCAAUGGAUUAUGGCGCACGUGCACCACCGCUACUAACGCCGGAGCCAAUUAAUAGUCAACAGCAUACUGCACCGUUAGCAAAUAUGCUAGAUCUAACGAAUGCGGCACCGCCACCAUACGGUGUACAUACAUAUGCGAAUAGCUUGCAGCCAUAUCGCAACAGUUAUCGCAUAAAUCGUGAGGUGAAGGGUAAGAAUUUUCCCGGCACAAUGACACUCAAUAUGAACGAAUAUAUACCGGGUCCCAAUGAGACGUUGCGACCACUCUAUAUGCGCGGUAGACCGUGAGUUUGUUGCUGUGCGGGACAUUAUUGUUAUUUAAUUUGUAAUAUUAAUACGAAAUACAUUACUUUAUGUGGUUAGUAAUAAAGUAAAUAUAAGAGUGAUCCAUUUCGCGGUUCCCUA